AUCAAAAUCCCUACCAAUUCUGAUAUUAUUGUGAAAAGAGAGUGUGAUUGAAUCCGAAAAUCAAUUAGAAACCAGCAGAGAUAAGAAAGAUUCGCUAAAAAGAUACAUCGAAAAAGUGAGUGACUGAAAUAAUGGGAAAUUCAAUUCGACGGCGGCAAAGGAAAGAAGAGAAUUUAAAAAAUAGGGCUCUUAUUGAGUGCAAUGAUUGUAGAAGCAUAAACACGCCAGAGGACGUGAUCUUAGGGAUGAUACAAGAUCUCGAGAGUUUGCAAGCUGAAUGUACAACCAUCGACUGCGACUGGAUGUUCAAGAACAAAAUUAAAGAGCUGAGAGGGGUGUUGGAUUUCUUGAGAGACUUGAAAAUGGAAGAGAGGAGCAGCCUAAAUUAUUUAAUCGCUGAAUUGGUCGAGUUCGCUUACGAGCUCAUGGACAUGGACAUUAAUCAUUUCACAGAAGGUACCCUUUAUAACCGUAGGGUCAAGCCCCUCCAAGAAAAGAUCAAGCUGACAAAGAUGCGGAUGAUAAACUUUGGAGCUGAUGAGAAAAAUACUGGAGACGAAGAAGAAGAGGAAGUUGUGGUGGGGUUGGAGAAAGAUGUGAAGAAGUUUCUUGACAAAGUGAUUUUAAAAAAAUUUAGGCUCUUUAUGGUUUUGUGUAUAAAGGGCAUGAUUGGUAUUGGAAAGACGACUCUUGCUAGACAAGUGUACAAGGUUGGCGCUAGCCAGUACCAGCGUCAUGCUUGGGUAUGCAUUUCUAGUGACACGAGUGACAAAGAGAUACUUAUGAAACUGAUAGAGCAAAUGGUGGUAGGAUAUGAAAGAGAUUCGUCAUUGGAAGCAAUGAACGCGCGAAGUCUACAAAAGAUGCUUCACCAGCACCUGCAAGGAUCGUCAUAUUUCAUAGUUUUGGACAACAUGUCGAAAGAAACGCAAUUGAAGUACAUCUUGGAAUGUCUUCCAUCUCGAGGCCUUAGUGAAGGCAGGUUGCUGUUAACAAGUCGUUAUGAGUUUCGAACAAAGAAUGUCAAUUAUACUCAUGAAAUGAAAGCUUUGGAUUCUGACAAGAGCUGGAAAUUGUUUUUGAAAAAAAUUGAUAAAUUUACAAGUGUUGAGAACAAAUUCACAAAGGAAUUGGAGCGGAAGGGCAGAGAGAUGUUGCAAAAAUGUGGCGGUUUGCCAAUGGCUAUAAUAAAUGUUGCAAGGCAGAAAGCAAAACAAAGACUCUCAGGGACUGAAUGGGAAGAACUUUUUGAUUCAAUUGAUUUGAGUGAAUCAUUAAAGUUAUUAGAACCGAUGUAUCAUGAAUUGGGAGAACGUAUCAAGCCACAUUUCUUGUAUUUGUCCUUUUUUAAGGAAAAUGCAAUAAUGAGAGAAGAAAAAAUGGAACAGAUUUGGGCUACGAAUGGAUUAGAUUUUGGACAAGUUACAAGGGAUUUUGCUAGUAGAUCGAUUCUAGAAGUUGUGAAGCUGCAGUUCGAGAAAUCAAAGUGUCGUCUCAAUCCUCUACUACACAUGAUAUCAAUCAAAAAAGCAAAAGAGGAAAUGGGCUUUGAGAUCUUAAGGAGCAAUGGAGACUGUAGGCCCUCCCAGAAUGCCCGUCAUCGUGUUAUCCAGUGUGGCAGAGACAAGUUUGAUCAUUUCACGAAUGAAGAUAAUAAACAACUUAUUUCUCUCAUCUUUCAUGGAGGUGGUGGCUACUUGGACGACACUAGCUCGUCUUUUUGGGAGAGUUUUGAAUCACUCAAAAUACUUGACAUGGAAGAUUUUGGGGUGAAGACUUUAUCCGAAAAUAUUGGAGCAUUGAUUGAGUUAAGAUACUUGGGAUUGAGAAACAACUAUAUACAAGAGAUCCCACACUCGUUGGCGCAUCUGGAAAACCUUGAGGUUCUUGAUAUAGCUUUGAACUUUAUGGUGGAGGUGCCGAAUACUAUAGGGCAAAUGGGAAACCUUCGUGAUCUCCACAUGUCUAAUGUGAUUUUCCGGGAGCCUUUGAAAUUAGAUGGGCUGCGGAAUCUGGGGACCCUAACAUACAUCUCGAUUGAUGAUUGGACAUACGAGGACCCAAGCUUCGAGCCAAUGUAUGACUUCCAAACGUUGGGCAUUGAAGAAGUUGAUGAAAACUCGGAUAUAAGAAAGCUCUUUAUGUCACUAGCUAACCUUCCAAACCUUGAAAAUCUUUUCUUAAGAGGGUUUCGUUUUAGAAGCAUGCCAUGUUUGGAUGAAAUUGGUGUUAUAGGAAGACUCAAGGUACUAAAACUAGAUGGGCGCAUAGGUAGGCUACCAAGUGCAGAUAAUCUACCUCAAUGGAUUGAGUACAUAGCAUUGAUAAAUACUUGUCUUGAUGAAGACCCCAUGCCAAUAUUAGAGAAGACUGGUCUCCUAAAAUACCUCAAAUUGCGAAAUGCAUACACUGGUCGAGAAAUGGUGAUCCAACAUGGUGGAUUUCACAUGCUGGAAGUGCUUUGCAUCAAUGAAUUGUGGAAUCUAAUAAAGAUACAAGUUGGUGAAGAUGCAAUGUGUAAUCUCAAGAAACUUGAAAUCAACAACUGUCCACAUCUGGAGACACUCCCGGAACAGAUUAGGUCGAUGCCUGACCUUGAAAAGUUUAAGAUGGUAACAACCAAACACAUUGCAAAAAAGAUGAGAAAUUCAGGUUUGACCUCCGAAAUUUGGGAGGAAGAUAUCGAUCCAUAGUUUGAAGUUGAUAUGUAUAUGGUUAUAGUUGAUCGUAUGUUUUUUUCUUUCAUUUUCCAUUUUGUAUAUAUGCAAAUAACUUGUAUAUGAG